AAUUAGAGGGUUGUCAAGCGUUGUACGACUACCUAUAGAGUUAAAGUAGACUUUACCGAUGAUAGCUUUACGCAAGCGUAAAGAAAACACCCACUUGUGAGUUUAUUAAAAAAUAGGAUUUGUAUUUUCUCAAGUACUUCAAGUUGUGAAUUUAAUGUCAUACAAUUGUUUAUUGUGGAAACACAACAUAAGGCUGUUCAAAUUAUUAGUAUACACUAAAGCAGGGAACAAGAAAACCAGAAACACUAUCAAUUAAAAUCAAGAAAAUGGAAAAUUUAAAUGGAAAUGUUGACAUUGUUACAACAUCGUCUGAGGAGUACAUUCCUAAUAUUUGCGAACAUUGUGACAGUGAUGGAAAGCUUGUUGAAGCUGAUGGGUUUUGUGUUGAUUGCAGUGAAUAUAUGUGUAACUGCUGUUUGUUGUACCAUUCGAAGUAUAAACCUGAACAUUCAACUAAAAGUAAAGAUGAAAUGCCGCAGGAUGUACGUUUUGAGAACUGUUUGAAGCAUCACAUGAAACAAAUGAAGUAUUUUUGCACGGAAUGUAAUAACUUCGCAUGCGCAGAAUGUAUAACAAACGAAGGUUGUAAUCACGAAGACGGAUGUCGAAAUAAAAAAUGGACAUCUCUUUACAAAGUAGCCAGGGAAAACGAGAUAUCCAAAACAGAAGUUGACACAAAACUUGCUGAAGCAACUGAUAAACUGGCAAACAUUGAAGACACAAUCGAUCAACUAACGACAAAAAGGAAAGAUAAAAUUCGAGAAUCUAUAAAUCAAUACAGACAAAACUUAGAAAGUAAGAUCAAAGAGCUUGAAUGUCAUUUCCUAAAGAAAUGUGAUGAGAUUGAAAACACUUUUAAACCUUCGAUAGAUUCUCUGUCGUGCAACGUUCAAUCUAUGAAAACUAUGUUACGUUCUGUGGAGUCUCAAUCGGAAAACUGCUGCUCAAACUUUAUUGCCGUCAAAAAACUAGACCGAAGUAUUGCCACCGUCACGAAGGGUCUUGAAUGCUUAAAUAAGCAAACUGAGCUUAUGGAAUACGAAUUCAAAGCAAACAAAAGCCGCAUAGUUGAAAAAUCCGACUUUGGAAACAUAUUGUUCUCAGAAACUUUCCUGACAAAAACAGCUUGUUAUAAGAACGAUAUUGAUGUUGAUCUGUCUUCUUACUGGUUAAGUCCUACAAACAUGAGUCAUUUAUUAAUCAAAGAUGAUUUUCUCGUAGUUGUAGCAUACUUGCGUAAUGCAAUUGUGUUGGUUGACCCAAUCGGGCGAAAUGUUUUAUCAAAAUUAUUUAUGUCAUCAAGUCCAUCAAGUGCAGUAUCCAUAAAUGGAACUGGAAUAGCAGUAGCUCUACCACUUCAUGGCAAAAUCAAAUUGUUUGACAUUAUUGACUCAGACUUUGUGGAUAGGAAGGAAGACAUUAAAGUCGGGAAGGAUUGCUGCAGUCUGGCUUACAGCAAAAGUCAAUGUUGUUUGUAUAUGUCACAUUAUGAACCUACAAGCAAAAUUACAGUCCUUAAUAAAACUGGUCAAGUAGUUAGAUUACUGGAUAGAGACUGUUUUGGAAAAAAGUUGUUUAUGGAUCCACGAUUUAUAAUUCUAAGCUUGGACGAAGAAUCGCUCUAUGUGUCUGAUGCUGAUAGACAUGUGGUGAUCAAAAUACAUUCCGAUGAUAGAAUUGGAGCUGUGUUUAGGGACGAGAAAUUACAUCGUCCCCAUGGAUUAGCGAUAGAUGAACACGGUACGGUUUUCGUUGCUGGCAUGAAGUCAAACAAUAUUUUUCAAUUAAACUCGAACUUGACGAAAAUAGGAAUCCUCGUUGGAUCGAAAGAUGUUCGUGAGCCAAUGAGUAUCGCAAUUGAUAAGCACACAGGUAAAGAAUGUUUAUACGUGGGUAUGGCAGGAAAUACUAAAAUCAAAACAUUCGAAAUCAGAUGCAUGCAAGAAACUGUCCUUUAAGCAAAAAUCAAAGAUAGAUUUAGUAUCCGCUAAAAGAAUUAUGGUUUGCUGACAUCGUCUUUUGACGGACAUGUAAACAGUGUUAUGAGUCAACUUUGUUUUUGUAAGUUACCCUAAGCACCAUUUUAGUAUUAUCAUAUGGUCUGGUAAAACAUUAGCUGAAAAAAUAAAUGGUAUGUCACACUGCGACAUGUUUAUUUUUGAGUGGCAUGUGUGUACGUGCAAAAGUGGUAACAAGUUUAAUGUUCAUUGUAGAAGCACAAGUUUUAUAAUAUUUGUAAAAAGUGACACUAUAUGAGAGAAUAGUUAAACAUUCAAUAAUAUUAACACCUUUUAGUAAACAAAAAUAUCAACGACUACUGAUUAGUUGGGACAUACUCUAUAAUGUUCUAUUUAUGGAGUAAAUAUCUUUCUACGCUUUUUUAAGUGAAUAUAUUGCAUCUAUUUUUGACAUGUUUUUGUAGACUGCUAUGGACUUGAACACUUAUUUACAUUCUUUUCUCCUAUUUUAAGAAUUUUCGUUUAAAGAAUUUUGAACGACCACAUUGAAAUUAAUUGUAAAUAUAUAAAUUAAAUGUCUUAUUUUAAUUUCCUUGAGCCUUUAAAGGCAACUACCCGUAUUUACAAGUUGCUCCAGAAAACGACCCAAAUGAUUAGAAAUAAUUUAUUUUUCCACGGUCAUGUUAUAUGCUAUUGAUAAUACUUGAAGGAAUUGUUGGACAAUAAAUGUUUAAUUACUUUUAUUUGGAUAUGCAUGGAUUUCACAAACUGUGAUUAAAAAUGUUUAAAAAUUUAUUGAAAAUUGUCGUACUCAGAACCUACAUGAUAAUGUUAAUUUACGCCCGUCGCGUUUCUCAUAAGUAAAUACCAAGAGUUUGUGAAGCUUGAAAGACACAAAAAUAAAACAACGCAAUUGCAUAAGUUGUAUAUGGACUUUUAUAUUAAGCCGAUAAAUGGGUACAUUUUUAUGUCUUAACUAAUAACUUAAGUCGCGCCGACUUACAUUAUAACCAAUUUGAGAGUUUGCUUUUUGUCUAUUUAAAAGCCAUUAAAACAUUAAAUUGCUUAAUCAAAGUUCAGAUGUUCAACAUAGAGAUAGGCAGGUAUUUAAAUAGUUUAUACAAUGAUCGUUUAUGUGCUACUUGCUUAGAAAGGAACAUUAGAUGUAUAGAAUGUGAAUAUCAUACAUUUGCCAGUGUUGUAAAUAUGCCGAUGUUAGAAAUGUAUAUCUAUUUAGCUGUUAUAAUUCUGGAACUAGUGUAGAAAACUUCUAUUAUUUGUUAUCAACUUGGAAUGAUGAGUUAUCUACCUAUUUCUAUCAUCGUUUGUAAUUUAUUAAAAGUAGUAGACACCGUCAUAUAAAUAUUAUUUUUUUAUUAAUAUUAUAUUGACAUAACCAUAUAGAAAUUCUGAUUUUAUUGUUUGAUAUAUAUUUUGGACCGGAAGCCUUAGAAUUAUGAAAGAAAUAGUUGAGUCACAUAUUUAAAGAUCGUUGAGUAAAUUAUAUGAAUCACAGAAAUUUAUUGAAAUCUGUGAAAUUCUUUUUAUACGCCUAAUUUGAAUAAAACAACAAAUAAAUUAUAAAUGGAAAGCUGCGUUCCCUAUUACAUGUUAAAAAAUGCUGUUAAAAAAAACCUCGCAGAUUUUUAAUAACAGUUAUAACACUAUAAUUUCAUAUUAUGACCACCUAAUAGUGUGUAGAAUUUUUUAAUAUCUACUUUGUGUGAAGUCGAUAAUGUUUAUUAAAUAUUUACAUAGAGACAGUGUAGCAAUUACUAACAUUUUCUAAUAUCAGAUUUGAGCAUAGUCUCAAGUAUUGUUGUGCCCACGUAUGAAGACAGUCCAUUCAUUUUCCAAAAGAUUAUUUAAUCCAAGUAAGAAGAUACUCCUUUUAUACAUUACAAGGUUAUAGCCAAUUAUAUGAAAAACAGCAAAAUUCAAAAAUUUUGACAUUGAGUGUUUUUACAGUUCAAAUUGGCAAAGGGCACUUUUUCAUAUUGGACUUUGUGUAUGAAUGAUCCUUUGUUCAAAAUAAGAUAAAUAAACGGUCCCCUGUGUAGCCUUUAAGAUGAAACUAUAGAACAUAUCUUUUGAGAAUGUACUCGCAGCAAUAAAUCAAUGCACGAAAUUUGUAUAGAUAAACUGAACAUGCCAAAAUUGAAUAAAGUAACUAUGCUAUUUGGUUACACUAACGGAAAUAAUACAAAAUGUGAACAAGUUAUAGUGUUUCAGUAUAUCAAAAUGUAUAUUUUUGCAUGUCAAAAUCAUAGUAACAAUGUUAUCAUUUGAUGGAGCAAUAAGUUAUAUUUCAUAUGUUCUAAAGGUAAAUUAAGCAAACUCUAUCAAAUGUGGAUAUCUUGAUCAAUUUAAGGAAGACUAGAAUGCUGCUUUAAAUACAUGCCAACACUCAUAGGUAUUAUAGUUUCCUACCCAUGUUUUUUCCAAAUCUGAAUCAACCAAAUAUAUUUAGGAAUUUGGAUGUUUUUACGGAGUUCAGAUCUAGCAUUGAGUAAACUUAGAAUUAGUAAGAAUAAUUUCAUAUAUUAGUAUAUUUUGUGCGCGGGUCAAAAGUGUCUUUUUGAAAUUUUGUUGUGUUUUAUUGUUGUUUUCUUUUGUAAUAUUUCCUUUGAUUAUUUAUUCUAUCCUCAAGCCUGCCAGCUAACCCCAUUUAGAUGUGUAUAAUUAUUAAUUAUAAAUUAAAAGUAAUUAUAUUUUUAUGACCUUUAAAUAUUCAUAUUUUUGUCUAAUAUAUGUUUUGGCGUGUUGUAUGUAUGUUAUUAACAUGUCGGCUUAUUAAUCUUCUUAUUUUAUGCUUUUGAGUGAAUUAUUGAUUUAUCAGUGAACAUUAUAUUUGAUAAAAAACACAGUGCAAAUUAUAAAUAUAAUUUCACACUUUUCAAUGAAGAGACUACUUUUUAGAGAUUUUUCCCCAUGUGGUACCUCUUUUAUUUAUGCUUAACAUUAUGACAUUGUUAGAUCUGUUUAGAGCAAAGAGAGCUGUAAUUGAUAAAUAAAAGAAAUUACACACGUUAUAAAAGAGAUAAAACUUAGUUCAACGCCAUAUAUCGUCUCUCAUUUUUGUGUCACCUCUACGGAGUAGUGGCGACAUAUAGGGAUCACUUCUCCGUCGUCUGUCUGUCCGUCUGUCUGUCCGUCUGUCCGUCACAAAACUUGUCCGGACUACUCCUCAUAAACUACUGGUGCAAUUUCAUCCAAACUUUACAGGAAUGAUCAGUACCAAGUUUUGUUGUGCAUAUUGUCAGCAUUUUCCGGUUCAAUGAUUUUUGGCAGAGUUAUGGCCCUUUAAUAAUUUUUAAUUUUAAAGUUUGUCCGGACUACUUCUCUUAUACCACUAAAGCAAUUUCAAUGAAACUUUACAGGAUUGAUCUGUAGCUCAAGUCCUUGCGCAUAUUGCAAGGGUUUUCCGGUUGAAUGAUUUUUGGCCGAGUUAUGGCCCUUUGAUAAAAAUGUGUUUUUUCUGUGUGUUGCCAGAUACGCGAAAGCUUGUCCGGACUACUCCUCAUAAACUACUGGUGCAAUUUUAUCCAAACUUUACAGGAAUGAUCAGUACCAAGUCUAGUUGUGCACUGUCCGUCUGUCUGUCCGUCUGUCACAAACUUUGUCCCAACAUGAAAUUGGCCAUCGUGAGGCAACACAUGUGAUUACUGAUCGCUCUUGUUUUAUUUAAUUUUAACAGACUUGAAAAAUACACUUCUUUCCACAUGCAAAACUGCUUUUGAUGACAUUUGGGCUAAUUUAAGUAUCCUGAGAGUAAUGUCUGUAAUGCCAUGUGUAAAAGCAAUGGCAGUAACAAACCAGAAAGAUUAUGUAAACAGGCCAAAUUGUAAGACAGCCUUUUAAAAAAUCCAUGUUUUCAAAUUCAAAACUUGAGGGGAUAAGGUCACUGUCCAAUACCCACAAUUCCAACAUGGAUUUUGACAUAUUCUUUUUAAACAUCGAAAACUUUACAUUACCCUUGCUUUUAUUCUACUUUCAAGCACGGAAAAUAGUCCAACUGACAGCUCCUGUUAUGAAUUUAACUUGUUGAUUCUGCUUUAGAAAUGCUUUUAUUUCAUUUUUCGAUAGCUUAUUUUUUUGGGUUAUUUGUAAUUUAUUCCAAAAGGUCUCUUAUGGGCCUAUUACCUAAACCAUCUUUUCCUUAUUUUAGCUAUAAAAUAAUGAAGGAAACCAACGUUUCUUUACAAAAUUCAGUAUGAAACAAAUUGAAACUGAGUAUCAUUUUUAUUAAUACAUUUAUGUCCAUAUUAUAAUGACUGAAGGAAAACAUGGUUACCUAGAUGAUAUUGCUCAUGGCCUAAUUUAAAUAAAUUCAUCAAACAAAAUUGUAAUUGUUGACAUAGCAAAAUUUGUUUAUUCAGCAAGGCAACUAUGAACUGAAUCUACUUAAAACAUAAGUUUGAAUUAUUGUACACUGAAACAUAUGUACGUUCUUAAUUUGUAAUGUAUAAUUCAUAAUGUAUAAUUCAUAAUGCAUCUUACUUUUCUCUACAUUUAUUGUACCGCCAAAAUGUUACUUGGCGAUGAACAUGUACCAUUUACCAAUAAAUAGAUUA